GCGAGCGAGAAAAACAAUGUCGUGUGAGAAGUGGGUCAGAUGUUCAGGGCGCACGCGCAGUGAGGGUUCACUCGGGACCAACCCACCGUCUCUCCCCCCACCCCCAAAAUCCAUCUCACACAACAAAACGGAGCGGCAGGAGGCUGUCGCUGUCUGUCUACAAAACACAAGAGAGAACGAAACAAGGGGAGACGACGGCUACCGGUUUUGCGGAAGUUUUCUUUUAAAAACACAAGACACCGUGAAGAGAGGGGAAAGAAAUCAUUUCCACAUAAACACAAAAGAAAGAAUAACCGUUACCCGCCCUAGCUAAAGGGCACCGGAGGGGAAGGGUAUAAAGCCCUUGCCUUCAGCCGCUUCCAGAUUUUUCUUUUUUAAAGACUUGUGUGAGGGGAAAUACUGAUUCCUCCCUUUUUCUUACUUUUAACCCCUCUUCCCUUUUCCUCCUUUUAACCCCCCCCCCGUCUUACCCUUCGCCGUCUCUUGGCUUCGUAAUAAGCCGUCAGUUCGCGACCCUCCCACCUAUUGGUGGGGUUCGGGCUGAUACCCAGUUUAACGAUAACGUUAUUUUUUUAUUCUUCAUAGGUUUUCCUUUUAUCUUUUCCCCACCACGCCCCACACUUGGUUGAUUUUUUUUUUCGGACGAUCGGUGGAGCACACACACACCGACCACCACCUUCCACCCCCCCCCCCUUCCCUCCUCCCGGGCGGAGAAGCGGCGCCCGCCUCUAGCACCAUCCGCCCCUCUCCCCUCCUUCCCCAAAAGACACGCUUGUCUCAAGGCUGGCUCCGCACUUCCAUCCGUCACCACUUCCCGUAGUCUCGAUCCUUUCUCCCUUUUACGCACUCCUUGGGCUGCCCGUUUGUUCGGUGCGUGAAUCAUGUCCGCCCGGGUCUGGUUUCUGACAGAUCGCCGGAUCCUGCAGGAUUACCCACAGCAGGAGAUCGAGCGCGCCCUCCGACAAAAAUGCGCCGAAGAGGAGGUGGAAUUUCGCAUGGUCUUAAUGGAUGAGAUCGUCAUCACCAUCGAGCAGGGAGCCUUGGGACUACGUAUCAAACAGGAGCCAGUAACCAGUUACCCUCAAGUAGUGGUUGUUCGAGUUCCUACUCCUUCAGUCCAGAAUGAUAGUGACAUCACUGUCCUGCGGCACUUGGAAAAGAUGGGCUGUCGCCUGGCCAAUCGUCCUCAGGCCAUAUUGCACUGCGUUAACAAGUUCUGGACUUUCCAGGAAUUAGCUGGUCAUGGAAUACCACUGCCUGACACCUUCUCUUAUGGUGGUCAUGAAAAUUUUGCAAAAAUGAUCGAUAAUGCUGAGCCUUUGGGUUAUCCAGUGGUAGUUAAAAAUACACGAGGUCACCGAGGGAAGGCAGUGUUCCUGGCACGGGACAAGCAUCAUUUGUCUGACUUAUCUCAUCUGAUACGACAUGAUGCUCCAUACCUUUUCCAGAAAUACGUAAAGGAAUCUCAUGGGAAGGAUAUCCGUGUGGUGCUGGUGGGAGGCCGUGUGAUUGGUGCAAUGCUGCGCUGCUCCACUGAUGGUAGAAUGCAAAGUAACUGCUCACUAGGAGGUGUUGGUGUGAUGUAUCAGCUGAGUGAGCAGGGCAAACAGCUGGCAAUCCAGGUCUCCAAUAUUCUGGGCAUGGACGUGUGCGGUAUCGAUCUGCUCAGGAAAGAUGACGGUUCUUUUGUAGUGUGUGAAGCAAAUGCAAAUGUAGGUUUCAGGGCCUUUGAUAAAGCUUGCAAUCUGGAUGUAAGUGGUAUAAUAGCGGACUACGCCCUAUCAUUGCUGCCAAGCAGACUGACCAGAAAGAUGUCGCUUCUUUCUGUUGUUUCAAGUGCCAGUGAAACAAGUGAGCCAGAGGUGGGGGCUUCAGUCAGUGCCAUCCCUGAGAGUGUGUUCACCAUGAGUGUGGGUUCAAGCUCUAGUGAGAGUGAUCCUGAAAUAGUGGAGGUCAGAGAUUCCGACACUGCUGGUUCCAGGUCCAUGCAGACUGUACUGCCUGAGUCAGGCUACAACAUGAACAAUCUCAUAAACAGUGAAAUGAAACUAUUGAGUGAGUGAGGCUGAGGAGCCAUUGCUAAUCGGUAAAUCAAACAGGACAGCUUUCCCAGCUGAACUGUUGUUAAACAGUAAAAGAAUUGAUGGACAGAAUACUUAAUGGUUAACAUGAGAGUAAAUUAUAUCAAAUCUGGGUAUGUUGAAUAACCCUGAAUGAUAUUAUAGCCAUUAACUCACUCCUGGGCAAUGGGUUAUGUAGCCUCAGUAUCACUGGGGCCAGAGUGGAGGUUGCAGUUGAUAAACUUAUUUCAAUAACUCAAUAAUAUGGUUUCCGUUGCUUAGUUAAAAGGUAUUGCCUUGGCAAUAAAAAAAAUAGUAAUUGUCAGAAAGACAAGGACUGGUUAAUGUUACAGAGGAGAUCUUUCAUCAGUUCAUGUUAGGAAAUGCAUGGCCUCUGCUUGACAUCUUCCAUUCGUACCAUGGUUGAGGUUGAGUUCUGCAUUUGAAAUCAAAAUCUUGCCUCUCUGCAAUGAAUUGCACCUUCACUGUAUUUUCCACUUAUCUAGAAUAACAGUUUUAUAUCUUCCUUGUUUACUAUUUGCUACAACAGCAAUGUUGUUGGUGAAAACAGUUUGAACUGACAUGCAAAACACACUUUAUUAUUCUGGAGCAUAUAACAACUCAAGCUGUGAUUCUUUAGCUGGUCUUAGACCAAAGGCAUGAAUAUGAAGAAAGAGAGAACAUCAGUUUAAAUUAAAAUGUCAGCACAUACUAUUUCAAUUCUUAUCUCUUCCUUUUCCUCCCAAAAUAACUUUUGAACAGUGAUAUUAAAAUGUUGGUUAGAAAUAAAUGAACUUCUGCAUAAAGUAAUUUGAGAGAAUAUAUAAUUGUUAAAUAUAAAAGAAUUUGAUGUUAAGUCAUUUUCUAUUUUAGUUGUUUUUUGGAAUUUGGCACAUGAGUCUGCCUAUCAGGUAGGUUAAUGGAUAAAGUGUGCAUGUUGAGGGUGUGUGAUCAUAAACUGUGGUAAACUGAUUGCUUACAAAUAGUUUCUUUGCUCAACUUCAAAUAGUUGAAGGUGAAUUGGAUGUUGUUCUCAGCUUGAGACUUGGUUAUAACAUUGACAAAAUCUACAUUUUGUUGACUGAAUUGAUAAAAUGCAGUUUUACUCAGAUUGAGAUUGCAAAGAAACAAUCCUGGACUUCACAAAAUUAUUGGGGAAAUAAAUAAGACAUGUCCUAGCUCAUCGAUACAGAAAUCCUUUUGGCUUGAGUUGCCAUGCUAAUGUGUGUAAUAAAUGUUUUGAAUUGUUGCCACUAUUUAUUGCCCCCCCACCCCCAUUUCCACUUUACUGUUCUAAUUAUACUUGUCAGCAAGUCAGUGGCAACUUAACCUGAUACUAUGCUGCAGUAGUCGAAGAAAACCAAAGGCCAAAGUCUGUUGAAGCUUGUCUCCUAGAAUACUAACAUGCAAAGCUGAGCAUCAUGCUAGAUCUAAAAGGUAUGAAAUGUACUUGGCUGAUGGCUGUUUUGUAAUCAUCUGGUUAUGCAGAAGCUUUGGAUCUGGUGUAUCAAGUGAAAUGUGCAAGGUUAAAAUCCAUCGGAUUAACAAUAAAUAAGAGAAUUUUAAAACUUAUCAUAUUAUAUAUUCAGGACAGCAAGUAUUGAUAUUUAUACACUGAGUAUUGCUAAACAGGUGAAAUCUGUAAAGUGUGUAAUGUAUGAGGAUUGAUUUGUCCUCCUUUAGACUUUGCAGAAGCUAGCUACAGCCUCUCGCAGUCGCUGAGACUCUCAGAAAAAGUAGUGUCUGUAUUUACACAUUGUACCUCCCAGAAUGAAGGGCACAUAUCGUAUUAUGUUUUUCUUUUUAAAGAUUUCAAUAUAGUCUCUGAUUUUUAUUUUUAUAAUUGUUGGCAAGUUUGUGUCGCCUUACUGAAAGUAUUAACUUCAGCGGUUAAUAUAUGGGUCAGCAAACACAAAGCUCACGAGCACCUUAAUUAGUCCAGCAUAUGCAGUGUUUGAAAUAAUUUUAAAUAGGAUAGAUCAGUUUCAGUAAUUAGGCUUUCUUAAUCAUAAUGUUUUGAAUAUUGGAACAUUAAACAAAAAAAUACCGGCUUUGUUAACUUACACCAGAAUCCUUGCUGUCUCAUUUCACUUAAUGAAAAUCCAGGUAAGACAACUGUUAAGUGGUAGCUAUUACUGUACAAUGAAUAGUACAAACCAAAUAUGGAUUAAACCAUUAACGUGAGAUAGUGGGAACUGCCAAUGCUGGAGAAUCAAUCUAAACCAUUAACAUGCCAGCUAUUUUUUUUAAAAAAACUGUCACUAUUUACAGGAUUGGGAGUACACAUUACAUUAAGACAACUGAAAUCCUGAGCAGAUUUGUCUACAGAAUCUACAGUUAUAUGUCACUCAAUGUGGUUGAGAUUCCUGCAGAAAUUGACUUGAAAUACUGCAGAAUUUUAGAUAAAUUUAAUGAAUGAGUUUCUAUAAGCCGCUUGCGUAGCUCAGUGAGGCCAUCAUAUUCUUCAAAUAAUGUGACUGUUGUUAAUGUAAAGGCAAUCUGGCUGUGGCUGGCACUCUUUUGAACCAGUACUAUACAGGGUAGCUGUUAACACAGCCUGUUGAUGCAUGCAUACUUAAAACAGCAAAAGAACAUUGUAUGUAAUCUGCUUGCAGUAUAUUUUACACUGAGCUUUUACUUAGCUGUGCUUGCACAACAUUCUGAUUAAAUGUAACUAAUUCCUUCUGGAAAGUCUCCAGCUAUCCAACAUGAUCCUUCUCAACCCUUUUAACAUCAAUGAGCAUAAUGAGAUCUAACUUUUUAAAUGGCUUGCGAACCAUUUCCUAUAAACCUCUCUGCAAUUUUUCAAGACCAAGGUUACUGUGGAAACUCAACAUCAGAAAUUCAGGACCUUACAUGCUUUGUUGAAACGUUCCACACAAUACUCUGUUUGAAUAGAUUGACUCAAAGCCAGCUGCAGCUGGAACAGAGUCAAUGACCUGAAAAUCCCUGACAAUAUUUCCACACAGCACAGAAUCCAAGAA